AUGGACCGCACAAGCAGCCGAAUUGUCUUGGACUAUCGUGCAUCUGAGCCAGUGUUGGCAGAGAGUGAACACUCGAGUCUGUGUGACGUACCGUUUUCCAGGUCACAAGUAAAGAGUCCGUCUAAAUUCACGGCGGCGUCGUCGAAUUCCGGCCAUGCGUCACCGCAUCGCCGAUCAGUUAUCCGUCAUAAGCUGAAGCUGCCCGGUCUAUCGAAGCACAAGCAGGUCAACAAAUUACCGCGAAUGGACGAGGUAAUUUCGCGCGUUGAGAUCACGGAUGAACAGCAGGCUAAGAUGCGAGAGCAGGCUGAAGAACUUAUCGCAGCCGGUUUGCUCAAGUCCAAGGCGGCGUGGGACGGCAACAAGCAGAUCUUUGACGACCCCAAGCUGUGGAAACUUCAUAGCGCCAAGCCGCAUCUUGCCGUGUACAAACGAAAAGAUCCGCACCGUGGUGAUGCUACUGCGAAUCAGUUUGUCGCAACAGGACGCAUUCCUGGCCUUACACUGCAGGACGUCGAGUAUGGCAAGUAUAGCGAUACAACGCUGGAUGAACGCUCCAUCAGCGCGUACUUGUUUCGCGACUACUUUUUGGACGCCGCAGUGCUGCAGGUGCUGGAGACGCAGACAGAGGACGACCCAUUUCGCUUUUUUGGCAUCAAAUGGAUGGCGUUUGCCUCCCCCAGUGGACCGGCAAGAUUUUUCUCCCCUAGAGAUCACGCGUACUACGAAUAUGCCAAGACAGUGAUUACCGAAGAGGGAGACAAAGUGCUGGUCAAAGUGAUGCAGUCAGUUGGAGGCGAUAUUCUGCCUCCACUGCCUCAAACUGUAAGUUACGAUAGACUUGGUGACAGCGUUGACCCGUCAAAAUUGCGCUUCGUUCGCGGCCACCUAUCGAUUAUAUCGAUGUACGUUUGUGACGAAGAGACCAACGCUGUCAAGGUGUUUGCUGAAGGUUCUCUGGAUCCGGGAGGUCGAGCUAGUUCCUGGCUGGGGAGUGCGUUCCUUUCGCAGUUUGCGCCCACGUUCGUGCGGAUUGAGUACUGCGCAGACAUUAAGUACAUCAUGAAGCACGGCAUGGUCUUUCCGCAUUCGCCAGCAGCGCUCAGUCAUUCUCAGUCGGCGCAGAGUUUCGUCAAGAGUCAGAGCACGAUAAGCGGGUCCGAGGUUACGGCACAUGGUCCCUCUGCGAUGCCGCAAUUAAUGACACCAGCUCGUGAAAUGGGGCGAAUGUCCAUCAGUCCUCAACCAAGCUGGAUACCAGAUCACCAGCGCAAAGUGUGCUUCGUGUGCUUUAAAAGUUUUGGUAUCAUCCGACGCCACCGCCAUCACUGUCGUAUGUGCGGUGAAGUCAUGUGUGGCCGCUGCAUGAUUACAUUACCACUUGUUGCACCGCCUUCUUCAGCUGUACAAGAUGGGAGCGACGAUAAUGUUGAAGACGGUUUCCACCCUCACCGUUCGCAUCGGCAUGUGGACCAGCUUGAAGGUCGUCCAAUGAGCAUGUUACUGAAGCAACCAGCGAAGAAGAUUCUGGAGGAGACUCGUUCGAACGGAUAUCCAGCCGUGAACAAUGUGAAAUUGUGCAAGAAGUGCAUGUUUAGCAUUCGUCAAGAGCGCAAGGGUACGAUGAGGGGAGCUACAAAUUUCUACGCUGCGCCCACUAUGAUCAAGCAAUUUCCUCUGGUUUUGCAGGGUUCUCUGGCCGAUAACGUUGGUCUUCGACCUGGACCGAUGCGUGGCUUCUUCCCGGGUGGUCGCUACGCCGCUGAUGAUGAGCUCAAUAGAAAUGCUGGUGGAGGUCGCAACGAUGAGGACGAUAUCGAAGAAACGGAUGAGGAAUACUCAGGUCGUGUUGAACACAUGCGGCAAAAGCACAUGGCGCGCGAGAGGAAGAAAAAUUUGCGGCGUAGUAUUCUUCUGUACGACGAAGACGAUCUGAGCAACGGAGGAGAGUCUCCACCCGCUAGACCAAGUCAUCUGUUUAACCGAGAUGACAGCACGUUUAAUUUCGACGAUUUUCUGCUGCCGACGCCAAAGCGCGAAGAGGGUGGUCAUAGUGCUGUCAGGUCAAGCUUGUGUAGCCGGGUGCUGAGCUCUACCAACAAAAGCGAUGCAAUUCCUCCAUCGAUACCUCGUCGGCCAUCUACGGCAGCACGCCAGUCGGAGAGCAGCUCGAAACUUCGAUCAUUGUCGAUUCCGGACCAAUUGGAACAGGUAGAACGAUCGAUCGCACAGCAAGAGGCAUUGAUCCGAUCAAUUACGGAGCAGCGUAGCAAGAUGUUCCGUUCUCCAGAAGAUGACACCGCUGCGAAGACGACCGUAGCUACGACUGCCGGAGAAAUUUCGUCAGAGGCACGGUCUUCCCUGCUUUACCCUGGAUCGACCGAAACUGCGCCGACGCCCAGAGCCGACGCAUUGACCACCCCGCUUUCCUUGCACUCUUCUUAG